AUGAAAUCACUACUGGUAUUUAUACCUGACAACUUAACAAUUGAAAAAACUGGAUAUAUUUAUGGUAAAGUAAUUUAUGAUAACAAACGAGAUUGUAAAAAAUUUUAUAUAAUUGGUACAACAAAUGAAAAAAAAAUAACAUCAAAUAUUAUUGGUUAUUAUUCGAAUGAUAAAAUUGAGCUAUGUUGUCCAAAAAAAAUAAAUGAUUGGAUACAAAUAUCAAAUAAUAACACAUCAAAUAAUUAUUUUAUAAAUAAUAUUAUAAUAAACAAUGAAAAAUUAUCAUUAAAAUUUGAUGACAAUGUUAUUAUUAUUUACAAUAAAAUUGAAUUAAUAAAUGCUGAAUUUUUAGAUAAAAAUUUACGUGGUAGUGAUUUUUUGGAGCUCAAAGAAAUACUUGAAAAAAAUAUAAAAAAUGAUAAAUUAAUUAAAAAAUCAUUGAUUAAUAAUGUUAAUGAAAAAUUAUUAAUUUAUAGUGUAUUGUUAUUUUUAUAUCCAAUAUUAUUUUUAAGUAAAAUAACAAAUAAAUUACUUCCUGUGUUGAAAUAUUCAACACUUGGUAUGCAUGUUAAUGGAUGGCUUGAUAAUGCCAAAUGGAUGUUGUCAACAAUACUACAAGAAAAAAAAUUUAAUUUAAAAAUUAAAAAUCAUAUUAUUGCAACAUUGGUUGAUGUGUCAUUGGGAAUAUUGGCAUUGAGAUUGUUGUUACACAGUAUUGGUGGUACACCACCUUCAAAAAUAUUGCUGGACAAUACUGAGAAAGUUGUUGAAUCUGUAAAGAGUCUUGUUGUUUGGCUAAUGGGAGCUCCAGCUGGUCUCAAAUUAAAUCUUUCAUUUAAUAAAAUGUUGGGUAAAUUUUUUCUCUAUCAUAUACAUCUUUGGUGGACAUUUUUAGAAUUUAUACAACCAGUUAUGGAUUUUACAUUUGAUGUUUUACUAUUAUUUGGAAGACUUGGUAUUACAUUUCAAAUAUCAAUUGCUGCUGAUUUUUUUGCAAUUGUUAGUUUUCAUACGUAUUGCAUUUACGUUUAUUCAGCUAGAUUAUUCAAUAUUCAAAUACGAGGAUUAACAGCAUUAUUUCGUCUUUUUCUUGGAAAGAAAAAAAAUCCAUUGAGAGAAAGAGUUGACUCUUGUUCAUAUCAAGCUGAUCAACUUUUUGUUGGUACACUUAUGUUUACUAUACUUUUAUUUUUAAUGCCAACAACUUGGGUUUAUUAUGCUGUUUUUACAACUUUGAGAUUAAGUUUAAUUGGAUUUGGAGGUUUUUUAACUAGACUACGUUUUUAUCUUCAAGUUAUUCCAGUUUAUACAUUUCUAUGUUGGAUAUUUAAAUCUAGAAGUACAAAUAGCUCUGUACAAUUGUCAACAAAGUGGCGUGUUAAUGGUGAACCAAUAACAUUGAUUAUGAAAACAGUUGCAUCACCAUGGAGUGAAACAUGGAAACGUUGUAUUCCAGACACUCUAAAUUAUCAUCCUGCAAUUGAAUGGGGAAUGAUACUUAAUAAUAUAUUUUGGGGACAACUUUUAUAUCCUCUUUAAUAAAUAAAUAAAUCAUUUAAAAUAAAUGUCAACUCGAAUUUAUUAAGUGUA